CCGGGCCCAGAAGGGGGCGGAACCAACGGUGUGUAGGCGGGGCCUUCAGAGCUAGCUGUGAACUUCUCCCGCGAGGAACUUCUCGAGAAGUGGCGGGAGCGGCGGCUAUGGAAGCACAGGAAGAGAAAGAGGCGCAGGUUGCUGCGUGGUUGAAAAAAAUAUUUGGAGAUCACCCCAUUCCGCAAUAUGAGGUGAAUGCUCGGACCACGGAGAUUUUACAUCACCUUUCAGAACGCAACAGGGUUCGGGACAGGGAUGUCUACUUGGUAAUAGAGGACUUGAAACAGAAAGCAAGUGAAUAUGAAUCAGAAGCCAAGCAUCUUCAGAGCCUUCUCAUGGAGAGUGUGAAUUUUUCCCCUGCCAAUCUGUCAAGCACUGGUUCUAGGUACCUGAAUGCUUUGGUUGACAGUGCAAUGGCCCUUGAAACGAAGGAUACCUCACUAGCUAGUUUUAUCCCUGCAGUGAAUGAUUUGACCUCUGAUCUUUUCCGUACCAAAUCCAAAAAUGAAGAAAUCAAGCUUGAAUUGGCAAAACUUGAAAAAAACCUAACUGCAACUUUAGUGUUAGAAAAAUGUCUACGAGAGGAUCUGAAGAAGGCCGAGUUGCAUCUGACUACAGAAAGGGCCAAAGUUGACAAUCGUCUUCAGAACAUGGACUUCCUGAAAGCAAAGUCGGAGGAGUUCAGAUUUGGAAUCAGAACCGCAGAGGAGCAACUUUCAGCCAGAGGCAUGGAUGCUUCUCUGUCUCAUCAGUCCCUAGUAGCACUUUCAGAGAAAUUGGCAGAACUAAAACGACAGACUAUACCUUUGAAGAAAAAAUUGGAGUCCUAUUUAGAUUUAAUGCCGAACCCGUCCCUUGCUCAGGUGAAAAUUGAAGAAGCAAAGCGGGAAUUAGAUACCAUUGAAGCUGAACUUACAAAGAAAGUGGACAUGAUGGAACUGUGACCAGUGUCAAGUUUGUCAUUUGUCUUUUGACUUAAUUCCAGUGUUCUUGGUAAGGCAGCUUGGUAGAUUGAUUGUGGAAGUGACCACAGUAAUUCCUCUUGCCCCUGUGCACUCAUCCUUUAUAUUGUGAAUUUGCCACUUGUCCCGUCAAGAGACGAAUCUCCACCUCUUCUUUCUGACUGGGCCUUAUGAUUUGUUUUGGCCAACGAGAUAAUAGCAAAUGUAACAAAAGCAGAGGAUUAAAAACUGUGCCUCAGAGCUUGCCCUAUCUUAUGGCUGUGGAAUUCUGAAACCACUAUGUAAAGAAACUUGGACUGUUGAGGAUGAGAAACUACACGGAGCAGAAACAAGUAAUUCCAGCUGAGCCUUGCCCCCACCCAAGACCAGACAGGCUGCCAACUGCCAACGGUGUGAAGGAGGCCUUCUUAGACUAUCCAGCCCUGGCCACGCCCCCAGCAGUUGCAGAGAUCAACUAAGCUGGCCCAGGCCACAAAGUCAACACAUAAUAUCAUGAGAAAUAAUAAAAAUGAUUGUUUGAAGCUUAUUUUAAGUUUUGGACUGGUUGUUAGCUAAUUGAUAAAAGUAGCUUGUGACAUAGUGUUCAAAGUAAAAGGAGAGCAAAAGAAAUACACUGUAAGAACCGAAGAAACUUGGUACCAGCAGAAUUUUAUAAAACAGUAAUUAUAUUAAAUGUAAGUGAGAAAAUGUUUUAGUUAAACGAUCAAGAUCAAGGGGCACCUGGGUGGCUCAGUCGUUAAGCGUCCGCCUUCGGCUCAGGUCAUGAUCCCAGGGUCCUGAGAUCGAGCCCCGCAUCGGGCUCCCUGCUCUGCGGGAAGCCUGCUUCUCCCUCUCCCACUCCCCCUGCUUGUAUUCCCUCUCUCGCUAUCUCUCUGUCUGUCAAAUGAAUAAAUAAAAUCUUUAAAAAAAUUUAAAAAAAGAUCAAGAUCAAAAAAAUAGGUUUUCAAGAAAACCUCUAAGUAUAUGCCAUACAUGAGAGAAAUAUCUUAAAAGUAAGGAUAAAUGGAUCCACAACUAUGAUACAUUACAUACUUCUCUUAGUAAUUGAUAGAAUAGGCAGAAAAAAAUUACCAAGGAUACGGAAUAUUGAAACAACACAAUUAACAAACUUGAUCCAAUGGACAUAUAAAGAAUCCUAUACCCAACUGCCACUAGAUACAUGUUCUUUUUAGGUGCAUCCAGAGCAUUUACAAAAAUUGUCCAGGGGUGCCUGGUUGACUCAGUCAGUAGAGCAUGUGACUCCUGAUCUCAGGGUCGUGAGUUCAAGCUCCACACUGGGCAUGGAGCUUACUUAGGGAAAAAAAGUUUGUCCAAAUGGUGGGCAGGAAAAGAAAUCUCAACCACUGCGAGAGCUCUGAAAUCAUAUACAGCAUAUUCUCUCAUCACAAUGCAAUUAGAUAAAAAUAAAUAACUAAAAAGUUGUAUGUUUGGAAUUUAAGAAAUACAUUCUAAAUAACCGAUAAAUAAUAAUAUGAAUUAGAAAAUAUUUAGAACAGAACAAUAAUGAGAACUAUAUAUCAAAACUUGGAUUUCUGCUUUUUGCUCUGAUGGAGAAGAGUGAUCAGAUUGAUUGUCUUCCUUUACACAGAAAAACAAGCAAAAAAUAGGAAACUAUAGGGACUCCUGGGUGGCUCAGAUGGUUAAGCUUAAGCCUGCCUUCAGCUCAGGUCAUGAUCUCCAGGUCCUGCGAUCGAGUUCCACAUUGGGCUCCCUGCUCAGCAGGGAGUCUGCUUCUCCCUUUCCCUCUGCCUCUUCCCCUGCCUGUGCUCUCUCUGUCUCUCUCUCUCUCAGAUGAAUUAAAAAAAAAAAAAUCUUAAAAAAAAAUAGGAAACUAUAGUCUUCAGACACUGAAUAACAAAGAAGCACAGGACAGGGGUGCCUGGGUGGCUCGGUUAAGUGCCUGCCUUCAGCUCAGGUCAUGAUCCCAGGGUUCUGGGAUGGAGCCCCACAUCGGGCUCCCUGCCUAGCAGGGAGUCUGCUUCUCCCUCUCCCUCUGCUGCUCCCCUUGGUUGUGCUCUCUCACUCUCUCUCUGUCAAAUAAAUAAAUAAAAUCUUAAAAAAAAAAAAAAGCAACACAGGACAUUAAUUCAUAAGAGAAGAGAAAAAACAAGGUGAGCCCUCUGACUUCCCCAGCUUACUGCAUGGAGAUAGAUAAACUGGACUUCAUGAAAAUUAAAAACUUUUGUGUUUCAAAAGACACCAUUAAAAAAGUGAAUAGGGGGCGCCCAGCUGGCUCAUUGAGAGGAGCGUGCACCCUUGCCCGGUUGUAAGUUCAAGCCCCACGUUGGGUGUAGAGAUUAUUUAAAAAUAAAGUCUUUUUUUUUUAAAAAAAGAUUUUAUUUAUUUAUUUGAGAGAGAGAGAAUGAGAGACAGAGAGCAUGAGA